AUGAUAAUGAAUAACAGUGUGACUGAAUUCAUCCUCUUUGGGUUGACACAGGAUGCUGAAAAGCAGAAAGUAAUAUUUGGGGUCUUCUUGAUUCUUUAUCUUUUGACUCUGCUCUGGAACUUUCUCGUUGUGGUGACUAUUAAGUUAAGUGUGAGCCUUGGGAGUCCUAUGUACUUCUUCCUGUCCUACCUGUCCUUUGCUGAUGCCUGCUUUUCUACAACUACAGCCCCCAGACUGAUUGUGGAUGCUCUGACUCAGAAGAAGACUAUUUCCUACAAUGAGUGCUUGACCCAAGUCUUUGCAGUCCAUUUCUUUGGAGGUACGGAAAUCUUUGUGCUCAUUGUCAUGGCUUUUGAUCGCUAUGUGGCCAUUUGUAAGCCUCUGCAAUAUACAACCAUCAUGAGCCAGCGUGUCUGUAGCAUGCUGGUGAUUCUGGCUUGGGUGGGAUCUUGUGUCCAUUCUACAGCACAGAUUUUCCUUGUUUUGCAAUUGCCCUUCUGUGGUCCCAAUGUGAUUGACCACUACUUCUGUGACGUGGAACCAUUGAUGCAACUUGCCUGCAUGGACACCUUUGUGAUAAAUUGGCUAGUUGUGUCCAAUAGUGGAACUGUAAGUACAAUGAGUUUCAUAGCCUUGCUUAUUUCCUAUGUUGUUAUUUUGUACUCCCUGAGAAACCACAGUGCUGAAGGAAGGCGAAAAGCUCUUUCCACCUGCACCACCCAUUUCAUUGUGGUUCUCCUGUUUUUUGGUCCAAGUAUAUUCAUAUACACACGCCCACAAACCACAUUUUCAGUGGACAAGAUGGUGUCUGUGUUUUAUGCAAUUGGGACACCCUUGCUUAACCCUCUGAUCUAUACACUGAGGAAUGCCGAAGUGAAAAAUGCCAUGAGAAAGUUAUGGUGUCGCAAAAUAUGA